UACAAUAAGAGUUAAAAAUAAAAAUACUCUUUAAAAAAAGGAGUUAUAUAUAAGCGGUAUUAACCAGUUAAACACUGCUUUGUAAUAAAAUGACUAACGAAUGGAUAGAUUGGUCUGAUUGUCGUCUACGUGCUCCAUUGAGAACCGGCUGCAAUACAUUCUAUAAUAACAAUAAUAAUAAUGUUAAUAUUAAUAAUAAUUAUUAUAAUUCAUACACAACAAAAAUUAAUAAUAUGACUAUUAAAAUGCAACAAACUAAACAACAGCAAUUAAAACCUAAAGAUGUACCAACACAAAUGCCACCAUUAACACCUGGUACAAAUAAAAAACUUGCUGAAGUUCUUAAGGCAUCGUUUGCAUCAUGGGAAAAAGUAGUGCAAAAGUGCAAUAUUACCAAAGAUCCUAGGCAAUGGACAGAAGAACAUAUUAGCUAUUGGUUACAAUGGGCCACAAAUGAAUUCUCAUUUGAAUCAAUGAAUAUUGAAGCUUUAACUAAAAUGAAAGGACGUGAUAUGGUAGCAUUAGGACGUGAAAAAUUUUUAGCUAUAGCACCCCCUUUUACUGGUGAUAUUUUAUGGGAACAUUUAGAAAUUUUACAAAAAGAUUGUGAAAAAAUAAUAGAGGAAGACAAUUCAAUAACAUCGAAUUCAUAUGAUAAUCAUACAACAGCUAACUGUGGACCAGACAUAGCUGAUUAUUUAGGAAAUCAAAGAUUAUCAAAUAGCAAUAAUAAUAAUUCUUCAACACAAUUAACACAAAAUUAUUCAAGUAGUGAUAAACAAACAAAUAGUUAUUCAAUACACCAAAAUGGUAAGUGUUAAGCAUUUAUUUCAUGUAGAGUAACACCGUGUAUAAAUAAUGUGAGUAAUUUUAAUAUGAUUAGCUACUUAAUUUUAAAUUAUAUUAUAAAAAAACUUUUAUAUCACUGAAG